AUGCUUUUCUCAAUACUUGCCUUUGCAAUAUCAACUCCUGAAUUCAUAAACUUAACAGAACAAAGACAAGAUGUUCCAUUCAACAUCGAUAUCAACUCAGAGGCUAAACUUUCUGCUUCUAAAAAUUCUGCAUUUUUUAUUUAUAAUCCAGAAGGCUUUACAGUCGAAUAUCCAAACGGUACAAUAAAAAAUUUGAACCAUACGUUAUAUAUACAAGUUCAUGAAAAUAGAAAUCCAACAUCUGAUUUCAUUAUCCGUUGCGAAGGCAGAAAAACACUUCGAGUCGUGUUAUUUUCGAUUAAAUACUUUUUAAUGAACGAUAAAUAUUACAUAUUAAUGAAUACAUGGAAAGAAAUUGUAUUUACCAUCAACCGACAGCAUAUUUUACAGUGGCCAUUUACAUGA